UGUCUUAAAUGCUUCUCUAAAAUGUCAUAUGCAAACCAAUCUCAGACUCUCAAUAUCAUCAAUUUCAACAUUACUGGUCAACAGUAUCAGGGGUUACUGGAAAGAGUCUUGUUUUCCACUCUGAUUGGAAUGCCAUGCUGUGUGUUCCUCUUCAUCAAUGGCACCAUGCUUUUUACCCUGAGGAGUAAACUGGUGUUUCGGGAGACCUCUCGUUACAUUCUUCUGUAUAACCUCCUUUUUGCAGACACUGCUCAGUUGGCAUUUAGCCAGUUACUAUAUAUAUUUGCUGCUUGUAGAAUAAUGCUAACAUAUCCAGUGUGUGGUGUUCUUGUUAUGCUCACCAAGCUCACGAAUGAAAUCUCUCCUCUCACACUGGUGGUGAUGUCUCUGGAGCGAUAUGUAGCUGUGUGCUACCCACUGAGGCACGCUACCAUCGCCACUAUCAGAAACACAGCAGUGGCUAUAAUUGUGGUUUGGGCCAUUAGCUUACUAAAUGUCUUCACUCGAGUUCUUUUACUCUUAAAUUUUCCAUUUAAAGACCUGGAGAGCCUGCAGAUGACAGAUGUUUGCUCUGAUAUACAAAUGUUGGUUGAUCCAAUAACUGAUCAUUAUGACAAAGCCUACACUUACUUUCUGUUUGUAUCUGCUACUGUGCCAAUCAUUUCCUCCUAUAUUGGUGUGAUGAUAGCAGCCAGGUCAGCCUCUGCAGACAAAGCUUCAGCUAGUAAGGCUCGUAAUACACUGCUGCUGCAUCUGGUGCAGCUGGGCCUCAGUCUCUUUUCAAAUAUGCACACCUAUAUUGUUCAAUCCCUCUCAACAACCCUGCAAAGGUUAAUACUUGUACGUAUCAACAGUGUUUUCUAUGUGUUUAUCUAUAUCCUCCCUAGGUGUCUGAGUUCUCUCAUCUAUGGGCUCAGAGAUCAGACCAUCAGGCCCAUCCUCUUGUACCAUCUAUGCUGUCGACUGACACUCAGUCAUCUUAGUAAAGACUGA